AUGGGUGAUACGAGCAUCGGCUUCACUUGUCUUUGCAACGAGUUGUUGCGUGUUGUUGUGAGACUGGCAAGACUGACUGACGAUGCCGGCGAUACGACUGGGAAUGUACCACGUCGACCUUCCGACUCUGGAAAUGAUGAUGCAUUCGUCUGGGUGCCUUUAGAAGCACACACACGGAGAAAGAUACAGAAAACUGGAGAUGCCCACCCUCCUGCCAACAAACUGCUCAGAGAGUUGCGCCUGAUAAACUCCGAGCGCUUGUGUGAAGGUCGGCCCACUCUGGAAGAUAUGCAGCAGGUCUACCAGGGAUCUAUGCACUUUGCGAACAUCGGCACGUUGAUAAUCGUCAUUUUCGUGUCGGUCAUUUUGCCCGGAGCUGCUGCUGGACUGCAGGUUUUCUCGAGUGACAUGUUUUACGUCUGGGUACGUCUAACUGUGCAAGGUGUGCACCUGACACGCAUACAAAUGGGAAUAAAUUAG